CCCAUUUUAAUUAACACACAAAAUAUACAGCUGUAGUUCUUAAUUUCUUCGACAGAUAGCGCUGAUGUCUCGUGGAAAUUUAAAUCUAACGCACACGUCACAAUUUGAAUUCCGUCACGGUUUCCGAGUGUUUAUUUUAAAUGCCGACACCGGAUUGGCAUUUUUCUUUGGGGGCGGGUGUAACUUUAUACCUGUGCAAUGCUCGAAGCAAUUCCUGGAGAAAAGUUGAUAAAUACGGAGACCCAAUGACAACGGAUUAUUCCGAGUCCAACCAAAGUAAGGACAGAAAGUAUUGCGGCGAUACCCAUUUUCUUUCUGCCAAUUGCAUGGUCGUCACUUACUACAAGGGCGACAUAUCUUCCGUCGUGGACGAACACUUUACACGGGCAUUGAGUCAGACUGGCAGCUACGCACCCGAUCCGGGCAAAGGAUACUGCAAAGAUGGGCCGCCAAUGUCACAGAGGAACUUCCCACCGUCUUUCUGGAAUCAACCAGCCACCCAGGCUCUGGGAAGUGCUGGUCAUCCCCCGGACCUUUCCUACACCGACCCUUAUCACGCGGGGACCCUACACACGUCGCUUCACCAAGGAGAUCCCUGGCACUACACCCUAUCGGCACCACCGACUUCUGCCUACCGUCCCGAGUUGACCUAUCCUUCUGCAAACAGAUUCAGCCCGCAGUAUGGAUCGUUCCUCCUUCAACCUUCGGUCAGGACCACUAGAUUGAAUCCCGUAGCCGGAAGUUGCACCGCACUCGAUAAAUCUACCGACACCUGGGGUGCAGCCAGGUAUACGGACACCUUGACACACAACCUGGGACACAUGGAGACAAAUUACGGUGCUGCUUACAGCCCUAUGGGAACCAUGUCAGAUGCAACUAGUGGCAACUACAUGUUUGAACUGUACAAGAUGCACGCGCCACGUUCGUGUCGAUGAAUUCGAACCCAUCGGGGCAAAUCAGUCUAGAAAGUCAAGUAGCGGAUGCCAGUAAGGACUUAUAUUGGUUCUAGUGAAAACACCAAAGACUUAAAACAGGGAUUUAAAUGGUAAGAUUAAAAGAAAAAACAAGCUUUGGAUGGAAAAUUCUAUAUUUCUACAGCCGUCAGUUGUAUAUAGUUGCUACUAUUAUGUGUUUUACUUAUAUACAUUAAGUGCAAUGCCACCGUUUGGCAUCACACUAGUGAUAUUUCUACAGGGAUCCGAACCCAGUGUUGUGAAUAGUGUAGUCUUUUAGUGUCGUAGACUUUAGUGAGUUACGUGUUAAUUCUUUCAGUUUUUGUACAGUUCUACCUCAAUCUUUGUAAAUACGUGUCUCUUCGUGUGUGUGUAUGUAUGCGAAUAAUACUAUAUAAAAAAAAAAUCAAUAAAAGUGCAGUUAGUAUAGCAAAUAGUGGUGUUGCUCUCCACUUUCUAUACUUUUAUUGAAUUAUUAGAAGUCUGACACUAGAUCUUAAAUAAUAAAACACGGUUUAUAGACAAUUGUUUCCAAUGUUAUAAGAUGGAUAGCGUGUUAUGUGGGUUGUAAACCCCUUAUAUAUUUGCAGAGCGACAAGAUUUUUUGGGGGCAUUAUGCACUAUAUUUAUGUCAUCCACAUAAAAAAAAAAUAAUCUCCCACUAAGCUGGUCUCAGCUGUCUUUUAGACCUUAUAAAAACUUGACGUACUUCGCUUGGUCACACGAUAAAUAUUAAACAGAGUCGACUUUAUAACACGAAAAUUGUCCACGAAUUAAAUUUUACAGUAGGAAUUACGCUUUACAACGUCGUCCCCUCCUGUUUAAUGAAAUUCGCACCGAAGAUAAAUUCGUAUUUAGAAAGAAAUUAUGAGAUAAAAUAACUGAAAAACUGUCUUCGAAAGCAGGACUUAUAAUAACCCAAACACAAGGUUUAAUUGUUUAACUCGACAUACUUCUAUACCCUCUUCUGGGAAGUUGCAGACCCCUCCGCAACGUCUCCCGCAUCGUUCGUUCGACUUAUCCAGCAAAACACAACUUUUCCGCACUACUGUUAUAGUAAUAAAGCUGAAAAAUGUUUCGGUAACGGAUCCUUCGUGGAAAAGAGUAAUAAAUCACGCGAUUAGAACUUCAACUAAACUCAGAUCUUAACAGAUAGCAAAGUUUUUGACGUAAUACCAGCGGCUGGUGUAUAUAUGAUCCUUCUUAUCUCCCACUGGUGGAGGAGGGGGGAAGGAAUUAAUUACCGCAGAACCAUCGUACCUGGCUACCACAUGACUAUGGCCCGUCCUGCAACGAAACGAAAAAGUUUUAUAAGUAUAAAAAUGGUAGAAGACGAGACCUAUAUAUAGGAGUGUAAGUAUGUGCCGAGUGCGACUUCUGCUCUCCCCCCCUUGACAGAUGAAGCAAGCUCUUGGUGACAAAUGAGCCAUGCUAUUGCUCUGGACAGCCAACAUGGGUACACCCUCCGCAUUACGGUUAUUCUGAGUAGUGUAUACUCGCCAAGACUCGUUUGGAUACGAGAAACACAGAAAGAUAGAGGAAAAAAAAAGAGGAAGAAAGGAGGAAGGGGGAGAAGAAUCGAUAGCGCUAACUCCACUUUAACUUAAGCUAUAGGUGUCAUCGAAUUCUUAAAAUUCUUUAAACUUUUAAACCCCCUCUUUCAUUUCCUCCGAUUCCACCUUUUAAAAUGCAUUGAUGGAGCUUGAAUAGAAAGGGGUCCUUUUCCAAAAGUAGAUUGCAAGUGAAGACAGUGAGACACGACAGUAUGAUUGAUAUAGGAAGAAAGUACAAGGAUAACAUCAUCCUGGUGUUAUUCGUCAGGAGGACAAACGGAUUUUUGUUUUACUUGUUUUGUUGUCGAGUCUCGGGUUUUACGAAAAUGGUGUGCCCUUUAUAUAUAAUGUCUCUUGUCUGUUUCGUUCGCGGUGGAUGUUUCCAGACAGGUUCCAAGAUAAAUUUAUACUUGAGCUGAUAAAUGAAAGCCUUCCUGAUAAAGAUAGCAUGCGAUAUCGUUCCUUUUAAAUAGUAGAAUAUGGCGACAAGAAAAUGCUAAAUUUCGAUUUAAACAUAUUUUAAAUGUAAUCGGUAAUAAAUCAAAUUAAUUUAGUUUCGUUAUAACUCGGAAAUUUAACGGCGAAAUUCAUCAAAAUUCCAAUUAUUUGGCCGCUUAUUAACCGGAUUGCCCCUCGAAUUGAAAUAGACAUGCACGUAUAUUUACUGUAUUUGCAUGUAAUGUUUUGUUUUCUUAAUAAUGUAGAACAUAAACUAGAUUUCUUUAUUGUUUUAUUUGUAUUUAAUUAUGUACAGUACACUCGUACAUAACAUGGUGUUGAAUAGGGUAAAAUUGGAAUAUUUUAAGCAAAAAAUCCGAUUAUCCGGACGGCCCGAGGUUCCCGAUUAAUUCGGAUAAUUGCAGUUUUAUUGUGUACACGUUUCUUUUGCUGUGAGUUUAUUAUAUUUCAGUAUAAAAGAAAAACCGGAAAUAAUGUUUAAAAUGAAAUAAAUCUAUGAAAAAUACAAGAAAUUUUAUUUAUUGUAAUUGAAAAUAAUCGAUUACCGAAUCCGCUAAUAAAAAAUAAUCGAUUACUUUUCUGUUAAGAUAAUCGAUUAUUGUAACUGAAUCUUUUAUUAACGUAAUCGAUUAUUUCGAUUAUUUAUCGAAAUUUCUUCAAUAAAUAAUCGAUUAUUUUAUUUAAUCGAGUAUUGUAAUCGAUUUAUCUAUUGAACUCGAUUAUUAAAGCUAGGUUUUUUUAAAGCAAAUCGUUAAAGCUUAAUGGAA